GAACGCACAUUUCAUGGACGACAUCGAGACUUGCCAAAAAUAGAAGGAACCCGGGUGUUGUCGGUUUGGUGGCACGUUCGUUGUGACACAAUGAUUACGCCGUGUGGAAAACAGAUGGAUCGAUGGAGCAUCAUGACGAUUUGGGAUCUUGUUUAUGAGGACACUGCUACGGAUAACAAGCUCUGAUCACGAACAAUCAUGAGCUCACUACGAAAUCACCGUGUCAUCAUCGCUUCACUAUUCUUACCAACGACUGCAGUUCCAGGUGAAAGUAGCCCUCCUACUCCAGAUAUUUAUGCUCGAGAGGUAGGUACAACAGCAGCUAUCCAGGACCUGGGCGGUCGUCCUCCAGCAUUCAGACAUGCUUCAUCGCGAUCUAUCGGUAGCACGCCAGCUCCUCUCAAGAGUAUAGUCGAUGAUUUGAAAUCUCGUGCAAUCACUCCAAUCACCACUCCUCCUCUGAAUUAAAUCCAUUCUCCAAAUUUGCUUCAUUAGCUCCAUCUCCCGCAGGCAAGGGUUCAAUCUCACCGUCCUCUAUCCGAAACAUGGACGUUUCCCUUGCAAAGUUUCAACCAGACCCACUCCAUCCUAUUCGUCUACAGCGCAGAUCAUCCUCAAAGCCACUAGGUACCCCACCA